AUGAUAUAUUUUUGUAAUCGUGCAGAUUACAGCGUUCGGUUCAUAUUUAGUGCUGACACCCGAGACGAACCAUCGUCGUCCUUCAAGUUUCAACGAGGUCCCGUCGACACUUAUUAUAGUUCGCUGAUGCGUAUUUCCGACGCUAAAGGUGUACGCAUUGGAGGCACAAUAUUGGUAAACACGAUUGUAUAUGCUAACGCGCCGAAAGAUUGA